CGCACCCCGCAGGCCGCCGAGACUCAGUGACCACUGCGCUUCCGGGACUCAGGCCCUCGUCCGACAUGGACGCUCACGGCGAGUGGAAGAGCUUUCUGGCGCCCGGCUUGCUGCAGGACAAACUGGCCAUCGUCACUGGCGGGGCCACGGGUAUCGGAAAAGCCAUCGCGACAGAGCUCCUGCAGCUGGGGUGUAAUGUGGUGAUUGCAUCUCGUAACUUCGAUAGAUUAAAAUCUGUUGCAGAUGAACUGAAGGCCAGCCUGCCCCCCACCAACCAGGCUCAGGUCACUCCCAUAAAAUGCAACAUCCGCAAAGAAGAGGAGGUGAACAAUUUGGUCAAAUCCACCUUAGAUAUUUAUGGUAAGAUCAAUUUUUUGGUAAACAACGGAGGAGGCCAGUUCAUGUCUCCUACAGAACACAUUAGUGCAAAGGGAUGGCAUGCUGUGAUUGAGACCAACCUGACAGGCACCUUCUACAUGUGCAAAGCAGUUUACAACUCCUGGAUGAAAGAGCAUGGAGGAUCUAUUGUCAAUAUUAUUAUCCUUACUAGAAAUGGAUUUCCAGGAUUUGCGCAUAGUGGAGCUGCCAGAGCAGGGGUUUACAACCUCACCAAAUCCUUAGCUGUGGAAUGGGCCAGCAGUGGAAUAAGGAUCAACUGUGUUGCCCCUGGAGUUAUUUAUUCCCCAACUGCUUUUGACAACUAUGGUCCUUUGGCAAAAAACUUCUUUGGAAAUUGCUUUAGGAGAAUCCCAGCAAAGCGAAUUGGAGUUCCUGAGGAGAUCUCCUCGCUGGUCUGCUUCCUGCUGUCCCCUGCAGCUUCCUUUAUUACUGGACAGUUGGUGGAUGUGGACGGGGGCCAGUCUUUGUAUAUGCAUCUAUUCGAUGUACCAGAUCAUGACAACUGGCCUGAUGGAGCAGGGGACCUUUCUGUUGUCAAACAGAUGAAGGAGACUUUCAAGAAUAAAGGCAAGCUCUGAGCUAAGGAAACUGGAGGUGUCUUUUGUCCCCAAAUGCCUUAAUAUCUCAAGAACGCACUUUGGUACUUUCCAGGAGCUGAUAAUAUGAAUGGAAUAAUCACUUUCUGCCUUUUUAAUGUUAUCAAUUAUGCUUAUGCAAAAACUGUUCUUGAAAUAAUGCGUGUUUAAGCCCCAAACAACACUGGUUAGCCUGUGAUUAAAGAUUUAUUUUUUAGGAAUGGAGCUUAACAUACUUUAUGAUUAUGCCUUUUAUUUCUGAGCAAGAUAAUUGGAAAAUGAAAUAAUUUCAAAUUAAUAAUAGAGGUACCAUGAUCUCCCAAAAGGUUUUAAUAUUUAAUUGUAAAGAUGGGCAAUAAAUCUAAAUUAUGGCAUCAUGAUGAUUCUUAAAACUAGAAAUAUAUAAUGAUGCCUAUCUUAUGGUAGAUAUCAUGCUUUUGGAUCCAUUAAGCUGUAUGGUAAUUAUCAGUGUGUGAUUUGUUUUGUUCAUGAAGUUAGAUUUGUAUAAAGCCUCUUGAUUCAAAAGAAAAAUAAAGUUAUGU